AUGUUAAAGGUUUCUAACGAGUUUGGUGUGGGAGAUGAAGCUUUAAUUCGUCAGGGUACUCUUCGCCGAAAAUGUAGUUAUCCAACUUGCACGUUUCGGCAUGAAAUCACGAAUUAUCGACAUCUGAACGGCGGGGUCCCGACUUCUAUCAAAUAUUUAAAUACUAUGUCAGGCUAUUUCCAGCGUUCCUCUCAGCCCUCAAGCAUGGAGCCGGAGACCAGCCACAACAAUUCCAGCACCCCUCUGCGGCUCUUCGUAGAUGCCAAGAAGAAGAUCAACGAAAUCUUCGGGGAGAUUGCCUCGCAUACGAGAGAGAGCAAAGACUUCAUAGCUGGGAUUCCGAGUGAUCUCCACGUGGUAUCUGAUGACCUACAGGAGAAAGUCCAGGGCUUCUACACGCAGGUGCAGGGCAUCAGAGAGGUGCUGGCCAGAGAUCACAUGAAAGUUGCCUUCUUUGGCAGAACGAGCAAUGGCAAGAGUAGUGUCGUCAACGCCAUGCUGCGAGACAAGGUACUACCCACCGGGAUCGGUCACACCACAGACUGCUUCCUGUGUGUAGAGGGCAGCGAGACCAACGAGUCGUACUUACAGAUGGAUGAUUCCACGCAAAAGCUCAGCGUACAGAACGUCGGUCAGAUGGCCAAUGCGCUGUCCAAUGAGAGGAUAUGCGGCCAGAGCAGCAUAGUCAAAGUCUUCUGGCCCAAGUCACGAUGUCACCUGCUACAGAACGACGUGGUCCUCCUAGACAGUCCUGGCAUCGACGUGGAGCCUGACUUGGACCAGUGGAUUGACAAAUACUGCAUGGAUGCCGACGUGUUUGUGCUGGUGUCUAAUGCCGAGUCGACAUUGAUGAGAACGGAGAAGAGUUUCUUCCACAAGGUCAGUCAGCGAUUGUCCAAGCCCAACAUCUUCAUCCUGAACAACCGCUGGGACGCGUCGGCCAACGAACCUGAAAUGGAAGCAGUAAAGAAGCAACACUUGCAGCGGAAUAUUGAGUUCCUCGUGGAUGAGCUGAAGGUGGUGACCAGACAGCAGGCAGAGGACAGAGUCUUCUUUGUCUCGGCCAAAGAGGCCCUGAUCACUCGCAUCCCAAGACCCUCCCACACCCCGGACUCAAGCGGUCCUCUUGCCGAUGGCUUCCAGGCGAGACUCUUUGCCUUCGAGAACUUUGAAAGAAAGUUUGAGGAAUGCAUAUCACACUCGGCCGUGGUGACCAAGUUUGAGCAGCACGCCAAGCAGGGCAAACAGAUAGCAUCCUGCACACAGGACAUCUUGGAUGAAGCACUGCAACAGUCCUCAAAGAAAAGGGCAACGUGUAUAGAGAAACGCAAGGAGCAAACUGACCGUCUGCAAUACGUCACCUCCCAGCUGAAGAUACUAACGGGCGAAUGCAAAGAGAAGAUUAAAGACAUCGCUGAACAAGCAGAGACCAAGGUGUCGGCUGCCAUGACAGAUGAGAUCAGAAAGUUGUCGUUACUGGUGGAUCAGUUUGACCGGACCUUCCAGUCAGACCCGCUCGUCAUCAAGGUCUACAAAGAGGAGUUGCAGAAGCAUCUUGAGGCUGGCCUCGGUCGCAACCUGGAUGCCAGGUGUACGUCAGCUGUCAUGCAGGACGUACAACAGGUGCAAGAACAGAUGACAGAGCACAUGUCGGCCCUCCUCCCUGACGAAGCCAAGGACCAGUUCAGUCGUCUGCUCUUCCGGCGGGACUUUGGCCCCAGCUACCGGCUGGAGUGCCAGCACCUCUUUGCCGACUUCUCCGAGAACGUGGAGUUUCGGUUCUCCCUGGGCUUCACGUCACUCAUGAAUCGUUUCCUGGGACCCAAGAACACGAGGGUGGCCAUGGCUGGCUUUGCCAAUGUGAUUCCUCGUCCCUUAGCAUCUGUUGGAGUAGAAAGUGGGUCCCGAAGCCAGGAGGACAUGACGGUUGCCAUGGUAACGGGAUUGGCAUCGCUGACGUCUCGCACAUCCAUGGGGCUGAUGAUUGUUAUCGGCAUUGUCUGGAAGGCCGUGGGUUGGCGAGUCUUGGCAGUAGGGGGCGGUCUCUACUCCCUCCUGUACGUCUACGAGCGACUGACCUGGACCAACAAGGCCAAGGAGAGGACUUUCAAGCAGCAGUUCGUGCAGUACGCGUCUGAGAAGCUGAAACUGCUGGUCAACUUCACCGGCUCCAACCUCAGCCACCAGAUACAGCAGGAGCUGUCUACUACUUUCGCCCGCCUUUGCCUGGAGGUGGACAACCACACCAACGACUUGAAGAAAGAGCUGAUCAAGAUGGAGGACGAGAGCCAGAAACUGGAGGGCAUGAUGUCCAGGGCCAAAGUCCUUAGGAACAAGGCUGGUUGGCUGGACAGCGAGUUGGACCGCUAUAUCCAUAGCUACCUAAAGCACUGAGGCAUGGUCGGGUACCAGUCACAGGAUGCAUGCUUUUAAUAUAUACAACGAAAGCAUCGGGCAGAAGGAAUCAGAGUUUGACUGAAUGGAGAGAUCACUGCGAAUGGAGCAUCAGUGGGGUGUAAACAGUCACAUCUUGGCAAAGCUCUCUCUUUCUAGCAGUGGUUCUCUGAUUAGGUUGACCUUCUGGGAUGUCCCUGAUGUGACCCGACCUUUGAACUUUGACCCAGGUCAGCAGUAGAGUCUCCAGUCUCUGUCUGACCACAUGUUUGUUCCUUUAAUUUUUCAAACCCUCAUAUUUUGUACAUUGUGUACACAGUAGAUGAGGGGCAAAAUUUGAUUAACAAUGAAUUACACUGAACUGGAUUUCAUACAUAAUUCCUUGAAUAUGUCUCAUACUGUAUACACCUGUUCAUUUAGAUGUGGCCAUAAAUAGUAGGGGGAAAAUAAAGUGUGGUCUUUCAAAUUCAGCAGGUUUGUAUAGAUUCUCUACAUAUAUGGCCCCCUUGUGGUGGAAAUAUGAAUUUAAUUAUGGUUGAUGGCCCUCCGGUGCCAUUUUAUGCAUGUGGGUUCUGAUCCGCAUUGACGAAGCAUACAAAACCGAAUGGACAGGGUUUGUGCGCAAUAUUUUCUUGCAUACCCACAUGGACAUAUAAAAACUGAAUGAUACUGUCUUUAGCCAGACACUACACGGUGCCUGACUCUUGACGUGUGAACCAUUGGCCCACACACAGAGGGUUAAUGGGGAACUAUUACUGUAAAACUAAUACUUCUGUACUUUUUAAUCCAUUUGAAAUUGCAAACUCCCAUGUGUUUCAUUUUUGCAUCUGGGCACUUGGUCACUGUUAGGGCUGUCCUGAAUAUACGGAAUAUUCAAAUAUUCGAUCAUCAACCGAAUAUUCGAAUAGCUUUUUGCCGGUUUGAAUAUUCGAAAAGAACAACAAGUCUGCACAUGCACACACGACUAUUAAUCAUAAAGUUGCGUUUUUUAUUGUCAGAUGCCCAUUUUUGUUGAGGGUAACGUUUUGUCGAUGCCUAUUUAUUGGCCCCAUUCGUGUAGCUGGGUCCCUUGACAGAUAUACAGUACUUGAAAUACUCAAGUGGCCCAUAAUAUCCAUUGCCACAUGCAAAUUUGAACCGGUGUGCUUUGUAUGCAACUUUUUGACCAGCGAGGAAGGCAUCUGGCGUUUGUAAAAGUUGAUCGACGAGUUUAGAAUAUUCGAAUAUUCGGUCAGGUGCAGUUUCGAAUAAUUGAAUAAUCAAUUAUUCGAAAAUGGACAGGCUCACACUGAAGGAGGCCCCCAUUAAUGGCAGAAGCACUGUGCUAGCUGUUGUACAUAAUACAAUUAUAAUGAAAUGCAGCUAACACGACGUUUUAACCAUUGAAAGGGGUCUGUUUGUCUAUAAAUACGGUAUCCAACUGUCUAUAUUAUCGCCUUUUAUUCCUUGUACACGAAAGCCCCACGUGUAUAAACAUAUAAUCAUAUUACCAUAACAGUCGUCUGGCCUCGUAGUCAGAUCAUCUUACAUAAUGCCCAUAGUUGGUUCAUACUUAGGGUGCAUCCAUAGCUAUCAAUAUUUUCAAACUCUGGGGGAGGGGUUAAACGACCCAUGUACACUUUAGAAAUUUUGUAAAAAUGUUGUCCAAUAUUUUCGGUUCAGUAAUUUUCGUAAUCAUGGUAAUGGGCUUUCAGAAGAUCUUGAUACCUCAACUUGGCGAACUUCGAACGUCGCACCCUACAUUUCCCAUUCAGCUUCGUGCUAUGCGCCGGUGUCAAAAAUAAGCGAUACAGCCCUUUUCAGCCACAACAUUUGUAGCGACGAAUGUGCCUACGGCAAAUGUCUCGUGUGUCUCGUCUAUCUUCGAGACGUUAAUACUCCAUAUAUCUAAUCAGGGCGCUAUGAGUGAACUGUUAUAUGUUAAACCAGGAUAUCCUUGGUCUGCCAAAAAGAGUACGUUUUGUGCACUUUUGAAAAUUUUGAUAAUUAUGGAUGACUCUUAACUCUUAGAAAUUUGCACAUUUUAUUGAUACUUUUGAGAAAGGUCACGUAACACAAUACGUGAUGUGUAGAAUAUAACAUUUGUCCCAUCAAUUUUCAUUGCUGUAUUAUUUUAAAUUUAUGAAUACACAAUUCUUAGCUUGAAAUGCCAAAUAUUGUUUGCAAGAUUCUAUUCAUUUGAAUACUAUUGUGUAAUAUAUAUUGCAGUCCUUCAAUUUCCAAAAUGAAUGUCCGGUUAACAAAAAAAUGUGUUGCUUAAAAAUAGUUUUGUCUUGCCACUGUGUUAAUGUAAGAUUGUUUUGUCAUGUGGGCCUAGCCAGGCAUUGAUUUUAAAUUGUUGGUUCCUAGCGUCAACAAAGUAACGAUGAUGUUUUCAAUUGUCAAAUUCAAAAUCUCAAGUUGAAUGAAUUUGCUAAGAGUGUAACCUGAAACUCGUAUAAAUAUUGGCCUUAAGACAUCAUUGUAUGAUUUUUGACCGAAGGAAACAAAGCUGGAUUACCAUUAAACCAAUUACAGACAAUAAAACACAAUGUUACAAAACAAA